UGGAUACUGGCUACAUUCAGUAGUUGGGCAUCAAUCUUAGGCAAAGGUCUAGAGUGCUAUUGGUCUAGUAGCGUCGUGUUUAAACGCCAUUUUUGUGGCUGUAUCAAGGCAGCCGUGAUCUUGGCCUCUAUUAAGCAGCACAGCAGCCAUCAUAUUGCGGAUCAUCAGUCUGUCCAUCUGACCCUUUCUUUGCUCUAUACAAUGGCUUCUUCGUCUGAAGAAUCUAGAUAUCCAUUUGAAUGCGAUCCGUCGGUUCACAAAUACCAGGUAUCGGAGAAGGAGUACCUCGGUCAAAAUAGCCAACACCACGUCGUAUGUGUUGGGAUUACCAUUUUCAACGAGGAAAAUAAGCUGCUGCUUGUCCAGCGAGCAAAGAGUGAAAAGGCUUUCCCUUGUUUUUGGGAAAUCCCCGGAGGAAAAGUUGAUGAGCCAGACACAACAAUUCUCCACGGGGCAGUCCGAGAACUCAAGGAAGAAACAGGGCUCGAAGCAACGCGAAUAGUACGGAAAGUUGGAACGUUCGAAUUUGGUGAUGGAGCAGUGCGAUGGGUGAAGCACAUUUUCGAGAUGGAGGUCAAAAGCCUGGCCACACUUGCGCUGGAUCCAGUAGAGCACGACGCGUAUCUGUGGGCAUCGGAAGAGGAAGUCAAGGCGGAGCAAGUGGGCGAAGUGAAGUUGAAGUACAUAAGCCCUGACAACAAAUUCAUCAAACUGGAGGCCUUCAGGCAUAGGCGAGAGACAGCAUCUCUGUAG